CUGACAGUGUUAAGCUGAUCUUGAAUAUAUUAAUUAGUAACUUUUUAAAAUGUUGAAACGCCUUCUCAGAGCAGCUGGGGAAACUGUCCCUAGAGAGCAUCAAACACCAGCAGAUGACAAACAGGACAUUUGCUUAAUUGAAAUAGCCUGUAUUAACACAUGGUGCUGAAAACAUGGAUACAUCCAGUGACAAGCUUUUUUGCUGCCAAUGGGUGCGCAACAAGGUUCCCAUAGCCUACAGAGAUGAGCUCUACCACAUCCUGAGGAUGACUGGACCUUUGCUCUGCUCCCGAAUUCUCCAGUACCUUCUUCCAUUUGUUGUUACAAUGUUCUGUGGGCGCCUGGGAAACGAUGUGAUGGCAGGUUAUGGAUUAGCUUCUGCAGCCAUUAAUAUUACUACAGCAGCCACAGGAUGUGGUCUGAGUCUGGCUUGUGACACAUUGGUGGCCCAGACAUUUGGGGGGAAGAACCUGCUACGAGUGGGAGUGAUCCUGCAGCGGGGCAUCAUCAUCCUGAUGUUGUUCUGUCUGCCCUGCUGGGGGCUGCUCAUUAACGCUGAGCAAAUCUUGUUGUGCAUGGGACAAGAACUGGAAGUAGCUAGAGUAGCCCAGCUGUAUAUCACAGCUUUUAUUCCUGCAGUACCAGCUAUGUUUCUUUACAACCUCCAGGUGUCCUAUCUGCAGAACCAGGGAAUAAUCAUGCCACAGUUGUACACUGCUGUUUUGGCAAACAUUGUCAACCUGGUGACAAACUAUGCCUUCCUUUACUGGAUGGAUCUGGGAGUUGGUGGCUCUGCUGCAGCGAAUGCACUCUCUCAGAUUUACAUCUGUAGUUUUUUGUUUGCUUACAUCUGGUGGAAGAAGCUUCAUGUAAAAACAUGGGGAGGUUGGUCUGUUGAAUCACUGCAGGAGUGGGGUUCCUACAUGAAACUGGCCAUCCCCAGCAUGUUAAUGACAUGCUUUGAGUGGUGGGUGUAUGAGUUUGGAGGAUUCUUUGCAGGAAUGCUGAGUGAGGAUGAACUGGCAGCCCAACAUGCUGUGAUAAUGAUUGCUUUCAUCACCUACAUGUUCCCUCUUGGAAUCCAAGCUGCCGCAUGCGCCCGUGUGGGUAAUGCAUUAGGUGCAGGAGACACUGCCAGGGCAUUGCUCGCCAGCAAGUUAUCACUCGGUCUUGCAGUUACGUUUGCUCUUGUUGAAGGUAUUGUGCUUGGCUGCACUAAAACCGUUAUUGGCUACAUCUUCACCUCUGAUGAGAAUAUUGCAGAUAUUGUGUCAAACUUGAUGAAUGCGUACUGCUUUCUCCAGCUCUUUGAUGGUCUUGUGUGUGUGUGCACAGGUAUCUUCUUGGGCACAGGCAAACAGAGGAUACCAGCUGUAGCGAAUUUCAUUGCAUACUACUGCGUAGGGCUUACAAUGAGUGUGGUUUUAAUGUUUAUUGCAAAGCUGAGAGUUUUAGGCUUUUGGCUCGGGCUGCUCAUUUGUGUUGUCCUGCAUUCCACUUUCUAUAUUAUUGUGAUCUUCAGGUUGAACUGGAAGAAAAUGACAGAGGAGGCUGUGAAACGGGCAAAGAAAAAGACUCAUCUGACAUUGUUAGGUACAGAUGACCUGUUACAAAAUGGGGACAGCACAGCUAAUGGUCAAACAGCAAAUAGUGGAAAUUCAGAGGAUGGCUACGAACCAGUGAAGACUCAGGAACAUGACGGGAAAAGUGAGAUAAAGUUUGGACAAGCACUGCAACAGGAGAUGAGCAGCCGCCUCUCCACCACCCAGCUUAUAAUCAGACGAGGCCUCACCAUGUUAGCAGCAGUUGGCUUUCUAGCUGUGGGAACAGCUGUUCGUGUCCUGGUCCCCUUGCCAGAGACUAUAUCUAUAAGCAACAACUCUACCCUUGACUGGAUCAAUGUGACCUAUGCUCCAGAUACAUUUUCUACUAUGUGGAGUUAAAUGAAUACAUAAUCAUGGAGGAUCUGGUGUUCUAACUAUAUACCUAAGGCAAACUUAGUGAUUAGUCUGAUUUUGAUUUAAAAUAUUACUUCUUUUCAUUUAUAUUUGCCUUUUCUUUCCUUUUUCAUUAUUAUGCUGUCGAGGGCUUUAAGAAGCCUUGAGAUUGUGAUUGUGAUUAUGGAAUUUCUGAAAGAAACUAUAUCAUUCUUGAAAACUGUAUUUUCAAGAAAACACAUUUGUUUCUAGUCUGUGUGGCUGAAUUUGUAA